AUGAGCCUAUCACGCGGUGUCUUGUUGAUUUUCAGAAAUGCGGCGUAUCGACCAUCGUGUUUAUGGGCAAACUAUUUGUCUUCUUCGUCGUUUUCGUCAAGCUUCGGUAUUCGAGCGACGAACAAGGAGUUAAACCAGAUGAUAAGAUCGGGCUACAUCGGCGAAGCUAGAGAAAUUUUCGAGAAACUGGAAUCGAGGAACACGGUGACGUGGAGUACGAUGAUAAGCGGGUACGUGAAGAGGAGAGAAAUGACGCAGGCACGGAAGCUGUUCGACGAAAUGACUGAGAGAGAUGUUGUGACUUGGAACGCGAUGAUCUCGGGUUACGUUUCCUGCGGCGGAGUUAGAUUUCUCGAGGAAGCGAGGAAGCUGUUCGAUGAAAUGCCUCUGAGGGAUUUUUUCGCAUGGAACACGAUGAUUAGUUUGGAUAUGCGAAGAAUGGGAGGAUAA